GUGAAUAAUGUCAUGUCAAUCUGUCAAAAGUCACGACAAAUUAUUGGAAUUUUGAGGUUAUUUCUAUAGACCGUAAAAGUGGAUUAUUUGGGACAAAUUAAAUAAAAUCAUAUUAAUAUACAAUGGAUUCCUUAUCAACCGGUUCAUUGAGUGGAGUUCAAAAGGAGGAGUUAAUGGAUCAAGUAAAACAGCAAAUCGCGAUAGCAAACGCCCAAGAGCUCCUCACGAAAAUGUCAGAAAAGUGUUUCAAGAAAUGUAUCAACAAACCAGGCACAGCUUUGGACAAUUCUGAGCAAAAGUGUAUCGCCAUGUGCAUGGACAGGUAUAUGGAUGCUUGGAACCUGGUUUCGCGGACGUACAGCAGUCGUAUCCAGCGCGAAAGACACAACAUGUGAGGGCCUACGCGAACCGAUGGCAAAAUCUCAGUGCCACCGCAAUGCUGUAAAUAUAGAAGACAUAGUAGUUCCAGAGUCCGUUUCAAAUUGUGGGUUGCAGCUGGCUGUUGUUACGUUGUGUUCAAUAAAAAUAUUUUAGGUUGUUA